GAACUUGCAAGGACAAAUACCUCUCCACACGCUCAAAAUGUCAGACACUGAAAUGAACGGCGGUGUCGCACUGGACGCAGCUUCCCCUACGCACUCGCAGCUUGCCGACAAAAUCAACGGAGGCGCAAUGGACGUCAAAUCGCCCAACUUGAACGCGGCACUUUCAAUCGCAGACUCGACUGCGACAAGUCGACUACCGAUCACCGUUGACAAGCCUACACCUUUUACGUUCGACCUGGGAAAUCUUCUCGCCAACGAUCCAAAUCCUGUUUCCGCCGAGGCAGACGAAAAAACACUCGCCGCCACAGCCCGCGAUGCAGCCCAAGCCCUGAUAAACCAACUCCUCUCGACCUGCGAAAUCAAGUCCACCUCCGAAGGUGUCCACCUCGUUCUGCCCGCGCCAACCACUCAACUACCCCGCGAGAAGCCUAUUCCCGCCGCAAAGGAGCCGACCACUUGGGAGCGCUUUGCCGCGAAGAAGGGUAUCAAAGACAAGAGGCGUGACGGCAAGAUGGUCUACGACGAUGCGACCGGAGAAUGGGUACCCAAGUGGGGUUACAAGGGCAAGAACAAGGAUGGCGACAACCAGUGGCUUGUGGAGGUCGAUGAGAAGAAAGAGGCAGAGACGGGUGAGGCUCAUGACCAGCGGGCGGAUGGCAGGAGAGAGAGGAAAGAGAGGAUCAGGCGGAACGAGAGGAAGCAGCGCGCGAACGACUCCAAGUCCCGAAAGACUGGUGCCUAAGGUGGAGCGAUUGAGGCGGUGGAGAUUUUACAGAUGAACUAGGCUUUCAUGAUUUGCAUUGGGCGGCGUUAAAAUCUUAGGAUGUGUCCACGUCUAGCGGCGUUCGAGGUCAAAAGUAAGGGUACAUAUCCGUUUCGAGUCUACGGGUGCGGUCAGAGACAAACAAUUCAGUCAAGCACCAUGUCGAGAACAUAAAAUCUUCAAAUGUUAAAGUGUCAUGGUAUUGAUGGCCUCAAAUGCUGAUUUGGGUGCCUUUUGCUGCUACUGCCGAUGGCUCUUGGCUACAGCACUACGGGGCUAGACAAGUGACUGGAGAUAGAGGAAAUUAAGUAACUGUGUUGUAGUAAGUAGAGAAACAAAAAAGUGGAU